GAUUGAUAAAAAAUAAGCCACGUGUAUAGGUACCCAUACAUAUUUGUUAAAGUCGUUGUACAUUUGACGUUUACCGUGUGGUAUUAAGUGGGGGAAACGUCAGAUGAGCCGUCAACCGCCAGUUGUGUAUUGGACGUUUAAGUGUGUUGUUGCUUCUUAAACGCAGGGUACCGAUAAGUAACUAUUUGCGUAUGUUACUGAAAGACUGAUGAAGAAAUAAUUUAGAAGAAAAAUUAUUAAAUAUGCCACGUGUUAGAAGAUAGGGUGCAGCCUCCGGGGGGGCCUCGUAAUGCUAGAAACGAAACGAUGUCCGGUCUUUCUGGCAAUAACGGUGCCUCACGCGCCGAAAGUUCAGUGCACUGCUCCACUUACACAUUCCCUCAAGAAAUCCGGGAUGUUAAAGGCCACGGUCGGAGUGCUAGCCACGGCGGGGGCGCAAGUCUCGCAGGCAGCAGCUCCGCAAAUAUUGUCGCCGGUCGUCCGUCAGCGCUUAAGACGACGAGGGGUCACCAAAGGGCUUUCUCACAAGGACAAAUACCGGAUAGUUCGGUUAGACCGGGUCACAGCAGGGUCGGUUCAAAAACUGAUUUUAUUCUCCCGCCGGGACACAAAGAAACGGAGACCGGGGGUCCGGUCACCACGCGAUCAUCUUUAAAGGGUCACUCUAGACAAGCAUCCAGAUCAGAGUCCAUCUACACAUUAAGAAGGAGCGCUCCUCCGUCGAUGUGGAGGCGAUUGAUGUGCUUGGUUCUGAGAAGGUCUCCUAGAUACGAACAGGAAGAACGGUUCAGGAUAAUAGUGCCCAAUCACACAGUGCCUCCGAAAACCCCGAACAAGGACCACCCGAAUGGGAAACGGCCGAACAACAAAAUCCGAACGACCAAGUACACAUUAUUAUCGUUUUUACCUAGAAACCUUUUGGAACAGUUUCAUAGAGUCGCAAAUUUGUACUUUAUUUUUAUCGUGCUGCUAAAUUGGUUCCCUGCCAUCAACGCCUUCGGGAAAGAGAUCGCUAUGAUUCCCGUGCUAUUUGUGCUCGGUGUGACCGCCGUUAAAGACUUGUUUGAAGAUAGAAGGCGUUACGCUAGUGAUAAGAGGAUAAAUAAUUCGACUUGCAGAAUUUAUCACAGUGAAGCUGAUAGAUAUAAAAAAGUUUUAUGGAAAGAUGUACGUGUUGGCGAUCUCAUCCAUCUCUCAAACAACGAAGUAGUUCCUGCUGAUAUCUUAUUAUUGAGGAGCAGCGAUCCAAACGGACUUUGCUACAUCGAUACAGGCCAUUUGGAUGGUGAAACGAACUUAAAACAACGACAAGUCGCUAGAGGAUUCGUCGAGAAGCAACAUCGAUUUCAACCAAAUUUGUUUAAAAGCAAAAUAGAAGUGGAACCUCCAACCACGAAAAUCUAUCGAUUUCACGGUGCCAUAAUUCACGAGACCGCCGAACGAAUCCCAGUUGGAACGGAAAACCUUCUUCUUAGAGAAUGUUUAUUGAAAAAUACCGAUUAUGUCGAAGGAAUCGUCGUUUACGCCGGUCACGAGACGAAAGCUAUGCUUAACAACGGCGGCCCACGUUACAAAAGGUCGAGUUUGGAAAAGCAAAUGAACCAGGAUGUGAUCUGGUGUGUACUCACCCUUAUUAUAUUAUGCGUAAUUGGCGCGAUUGGGUGUAAGGUAUGGUUAGUAGCGGCCGAAAAUAUGGGAGAACCUUUCAUUUCUGAUACAUUUUCAUCAUCUGGGGAAGCGUUUUUAGCAUUUUGGACUUAUGUGAUUAUUUUACAGAUACUCAUUCCUUUAUCAUUAUACGUAACAUUAGAAAUGUGUAAAAUAAUCCAAGUUUACCACAUCCACAACAACGUAGAUCUUUACGAUCCAGUUACAAAUAAACGGACUCAAUGUCGAGCUUUGAAUAUAACCGAAGAAUUGGGUCAAAUUCAAUACAUAUUUUCGGAUAAAACGGGCACUUUAACUGAAAAUCGAAUGAUAUUCCGGCAUUGCUCUAUAGCAGGAGUCGAUUACGAACAUCCGCAAUUAGUGGACGAAUUAGAAACGAACGGUGGUUUAAAUAAACUCACUUCGCUUUCGGUGGUUUGUAAUCCAAAAUUAAUCGAAGAUUUAAGUAGUGCAUCGUCGCUUCACGAACACGUCUUAACCCCAAAGCAAAUUCACGCAUCUCGUGCCCAGGAAUUUUUAAUAAUGCUAGCGGUUUGUAACACAGUCGUUUGCUCACAUCAUCCCCACGUCGAUAUGAUGAAUGAAAGCGGAACUAUAGAACAACAACAAAUUGAAACCAAUUUCGAUGAUAACAGUAAUAAUGAUCGAUAUAGGAGAUUGGCGGAAUCUAGAUCGGUAACACCAUCGCCACCUUUAACAUCAACAUCGAACGUUUAUCUCGGCGGGGAUCGAAGGCAACACGUUCCUUCAUUAACUCCGAUUUCCGACACAUCACCGACCACAACCGAACUAAACCCGGAUUUAACAACGAAAAUGUCAAUUAUUAAACCGAAAAGAAUGAUCCCAACAUUAUUUUUAUCGAAACGAAACGGAACGAAUUUAACUGACGAACAAAAGUUAAAAAUGAAUCUAUCAUCAACGCCCUCACCAAAAGAUUCCAAGCCGAUUUAUGAAGCCGAAAGCCCCGAUGAAUUAGCAUUGGUCGAUACCGCUUAUAAUUACGAGUUUAAAUUAAAAAAACGAUCACCAGGUUUAUUAACGGUGCAAAUACCAGGAGAUGGACGAUUAGAAUUUGAGAUUCUAGCUGUUUUACCAUUUGAUUCCGUAAGAAAAUGUAUGUCGGUUAUUGUGAAACACCCCAUCACGAAAAGAAUUAUUUUAUAUUGUAAAGGUGCUGAUUCAACCAUUUUAACUCGUAUGGCACCGAUUGAAGAUGAUUCUGAACAAAAACAUAUCAUAACGCGAACUCAACAGCAUUUAAAUAGCUACGCUAGAAAAGGUUUAAGGGUUUUGGUGAUGGCCAAGAGGGUAUUAACGCUUCAAGAAUACAACGAUUGGUCGAGAAAACAUCAAGAAGCGGAAUUAGCUCACGAUAAUGUUGAAAGAAAAUUAAGAGAUGUUUACGGAUUAAUUGAAAGUAAUUUAACCGUUAUUGGAGCCACAGCCAUUGAGGAUCGAUUACAAGAAGGUGUACCUGAAACUUUAACUAAUUUAAUAUCGGCUGGGAUUAUUAUAUGGGUUUUAACCGGUGAUAAGCCAGAAACGGCAAUUAAUAUAGCGUAUUCCGCGAAACUUUUUUCACCAAACAUGGAAGUUUUAAAAAUUAUGGCCCGAUCAAAAGAAGCCGCGGAAAAUUCGAUUUUACUUUUUCUAUCAGAAAUUGAACGCGAACAAGGUGGUGAAACCGACGAGAAUUACCCGGAAGCGUCGGUGCGGAGUCGAAGAAGCAUGCAAGGACAAGCUCGCGCUUUGGUCGUUGAUGGAAAAACGUUAACGUUCAUUUUAGAUAGACGAUCAAAUCUGACAACGCCGUUCUUAAAGUUAUCAACGUAUUGUUCAUCGGUUUUGUGCUGUCGAGCUACCCCUUUACAAAAAGCUUACAUCGUUAAAGUCGUUAAAGAAGAAUUGAAGAUGAGAACGUUAGCUAUCGGGGAUGGUGCAAACGAUGUUUCAAUGAUUCAAACGGCGGAUGUUGGGAUUGGUAUUUCGGGGCAAGAAGGAAUGCAGGCUGUUAUGGCAUCCGAUUUUGCUUUGCCAAGGUUUAAAUUUUUAGAACGAUUCUUGUUGGUUCACGGACAUUGGUGCUAUGACCGAUUGUCGAAUAUGAUUUUAUAUUUUUUUUAUAAAAAUGCGGCUUUCGUUUUUUUAAUAUUUUGGUUCCAACUUUUUUGUGGAUUCUCUGGAACUGUGAUGAUCGACCAGAUGUACCUCAUGUUAUACAAUUUAUUAUUUACUUCUUUACCUCCGAUUGCCAUAGGCGUUUACGACCAAAACGCUCCCGAAGAACUGUUAAUAAACGAACCUUAUUUAUACAGAAGAGGACGCUUGGGACGCGCUUACAAAUCUCAUUCGUUCUGGUUAACACUUUUCGAUGCUUUAUAUCAAAGCAUUGCAGUUUUCUUUAUUUGUUUUUGCGUGUAUUAUGAUACAGACAUAGGACUUUUUGAGUUUGGGACCGUUUUAACAACAGCUUGUAUGUUUGUUAUGUUGUUACAUGCUGGUAUUGAAAUUAGAUCUUGGACUAUAAUCCACGUUUUAACUAUCGUUUUCUCCAUCAGCGUCUUUUACAUCUAUAGUUAUUUGUAUAACUCGAUUUGUGUGAGCUGUUUUGGUUUACCGAGUAGUUAUGGGGUGAUACAAAAUACGGCGAGUACCUUAAAUUAUUGGCUUGUGAUUCCUAUUUGUUGUGUAACAGCCAUUUUGCCAAGGAUAAUUAUUCGAGUUGCGAAGAACAUUUUCUACCCGGAGGAAGUGACCAAGGCGGUUAUAGAACAUAGAAGAGCUGCUAGAAGAGGUGAGGGAUUUCUAGUAAGUUGGUCUAGGUCGACUUCAGCGUCUUCAAUUUACAGAACCGCCAAUAACCGGUCUCAGGAUAACAUUGUAACGGUAACGGGAUGAUUAAAAAGAUAAUUAAGAAGAUGUACAUUUUCCCAAAGUGACCUUAAAAUAAAUUUCUUAUCGACAAGAAAGUACCAACAAAUUAAAAGUAUAUAUGUAUACAAAAGUAGUUAAAAUAAUUAGGAAAAAAGAACUUGCAUUUUUUUAUAGGCUGUGACGCAACAAUUAACUUUGUAUUUCUAUACUAUAGGAGUUAAGAGUUUAAAUAGGGACCAAAUUAGUAAAGUUGUAAUUUAUUUUUUACUCUGUGCGUGAUGAUUGAUUUCCCCUUUUUUUUUAUUUAAGUGCCAUUCGCUCCUUAAACCCUUUAAAUCAAUUUUUAAAACACUAUUUAGUAGAGAGAGUUGUUUUUUUGGGUACUUAACACUAAGAAAUAAAUAUAUAAUUAAUUAAUUUUUUUCUUCGACCAGUUACCAAGUUAGUAGUGAGUUUAAAAUGUAAAUAAAUCAUCCCUGACUUUCAUUUCAAUGUGAUUACAAUUUUUUUUUCACAAUUUUAUCAUUGCAAUAUCUCGUUGUUCCUUUAAUUUAAUGUUAUUACCUAUGUUUUUUUUUGUUUAAAUUAAUUUAAUUACAAUACAUGGUGAUACUAAUUUUAUAUUGUUGUAGUACUUGCCAAUAAUGUAAUUAAUCAAUUUUAUCGUUUAUUCUUUUAAGUGGUUAUUGUAAUAAUUAAUUAUUUCGGAAACCAAAAUAAUACGGCACGGCAACCUCAAGUCAAUUCUAAAUGAAAUAUAGAGAAGAAAAUAUGUUUGCCUUAAUCUAAUGUGAAAAAUCUAUCUUUAAGUUAUUUUAGGCGUUAGGAAUUGAUAAAUUAACAGACCCGAAAUUAAUAAAUAGUCGUUAACCGUUGAGUUUUGUCGUAUAAGAGUAUAUGAAAAUGUUAAAACACAAAUUUUUACUAAUUAAUAGCUAUUUUUAUCAUCAUUGAAAAUUGUAUUUAUGUUUAGUGAAACAUUUUUUAUUGAAAUAAGGGGGAAACAGUAUUAAACGAGUUGAAGUUUC